AUGGCGUUAACCUGUGUUCAAGUUUUGUUGAUGAUUGGAAUGUUAGUGACUGGAAGUAUUAAUACAAUCAGUAAAAAAGCUCAAAAUGACUGCUCAGCCAUUGGUUAUCCAGAUAAAUCUAAAAAUAACACAGCCACAGAUCAUGAUUUUGAUCAUCCUUGGUUCCAAACAUGGAUUAUGUUCAUAGGGGAGAUGGGAUGUCUAAUUGGUCUAUUGAUAGUUAGAAGAAGGGAACUAAACACCUAUAGAAAACUGAAUGUUUGGGUUGAAAAUACAGGAAAUGCACCAAUCAAACCUCCUGAACAUAAAAGAAUAUUCCAAUGGGUAUUUCUGAUUCCCACUGUAUGUGAUUUAAUUGGUACCUCACUAGCUGGUAUUGGUCUACUGUAUGUUGAUGCCUCUGUCUGGCAGAUGUUACGUGGUUCCAUCAUCAUAUUUGCAGGAAUCUUAUCAAAAAUAUUUUUAAAGCGUAAAUUAGUAUUAAAACAUUGGUGUGGUAUGAUAACUGUAAUGAUAGGGUUAGUAUUGGUAGGAUGUUCUAGUGUGUUUAAAUCUUCCAGUGGUAAUAAUGGUUCACAAGCCCUGUUAGGUAUUGCAUUGAUUUUGGGCAGUCAGAUAAUCAGUGCCAGUCAAAUGGUGAUAGAAGAAACAUUCCUAAAAAACAAGAGUUAUCAUCCUUUACAAGUGGUUGGAAUGGAGGGAACAUUUGGUGUCUUAUUAAUGUCAUUUGCAGUUUUACCAGCCAUGUAUUUCAUCCCAGGAAAACAAGUCAAUGAUAGUUAUGAGAACAGUUUAGAUGCUAUAUAUCAAAUAGGAAACAGUUCCAAACUGUUAAUAUUAUCAUUACUCUACCUAGCCUCUAUAGCAUUCUAUAAUUAUUUUGGUUUGGCAGUGACUAAAUCAUUAACAGCGGUACAUCGAACACUAAUUGACGCCUGUCGUACUAUAAUGGUCUGGGUAGUAGAUUUAUUUAUUUAUUAUGUUUUUGAUAAGAAUUUUGGUGAACCGUUUGAUAAGCAGUAUGGUUUACUACAAG